AUGUGGCCAUAUUGUCUUGUAGUUUGGCUGGUGGUGUGGAUUUGGCCAGCCACCUGUCUUUUCCCGGGAGCAGUCCCGGAUGACGGUGAUGUCCGCCAUCUUUAUCCAAUCACACAGAUCAAUAUCGGCCUACAAGAUCAUGCCCAUAUGAUACCGUAUUUGCUGGGAUGGUUGGAAAAUAUUGAAUAUCCGAAGAGUCGACUUCGUAUCGUUUUGUAUCUGUUAAAUAAGGACGAUGCUACGGAAAACCAAGUGACUUGGUGGAAGAAUUCUGUAUCGUCGUUGUUUGCGUCAUUGACUGUCGUGGCAGGUGAGAACAACUGGUUGGAAGCAGGCCUGAGAGGUGCACGAUUACGUAAAGCCAGCCGGGUUCUGCUGAUGACAGGGAACACCUUGCCAGUUAGGAGCACCUUGUUGCAGGACCUCAAUUCUACCGCUGUUGUGAUGAGCGCGUUGUUUUCACCAACUCUUGACAGUAAAAUCGCUAACUCUGUGGAAGUGAGCGAUGACUUUCGCGAUCGACAAGUGCUCGAAAGAAGAAAGGUCUCAGAAGCCGUACUACCUAUGUUAAUAAACAUUGACACGAUAGAUUCGUCAUACCUUACAUUUGAUGCGGACAACCUACCUCACUAUAAGGGCACUGAAGACCCAUUUGAGGUUUUUGUGGAAUCGGCAGAAAGAAUGCAAAUCGACCUAUGGAUUGACAAUCAGCAACUACAUGGUUUCUACAUCGACGAAAAUUUAGAGGUCUAUGAUCGCCGAAGGACACUCCGUUACCUUCUCGCUGAUAUGAUUGCUGAUGGCGGGCCAUUUCCUUUGGCGUCUCAUUCGGUUCGUCCAUGGACACCAGAGCCAGAGUUAUGGGAUGUUGAAAAGAUCUAUAUGAUUAAUCUAAAACGUCGUCCAGAGAGAAGAUUUAGAAUGGAGAAAAUUUUUGAAAUUCUCGGAGUUGAUGCGACGUAUUGGGAGGCGACUGAUGGGCAGGAUCUACCCAAGGACUACCCGUAUCGAGUCCUACCUGGAUAUAUGGACCCAUUUCAUAAGAGACCAAUCAAAGCUGGCGAAAUCGGAUGCUUUCUGAAGCCAUUAUAG